UUCGUUUGCCGCUCCUCCAAUUCCCUAUUUGAACCCAAACUUGCCUACCUUCUUCAUCUUUUCUUCCUUUUCUCUCCUACCACAAUCUAUCAUCAACUACUCUCAUCAACAACAAGAUACCAUCUAUCUGCUCUUGGUACCCUAAACUGACCAUCAAGCAAGCACUCAAUCUACCCGAUCUAUCCGUAAUACACCGACAAGAUGCAGAUCUUCGUCAAGACCCUCACUGGCAAGACCAUCACCCUUGAGGUCGAGUCUUCGGACACUAUUGACAACGUCAAGUCCAAGAUUCAGGACAAGGAGGGUAUUCCUCCUGACCAACAGCGAUUGAUUUUUGCUGGAAAGCAACUUGAGGAUGGUCGCACUCUGAGCGACUACAACAUCCAGAAGGAGAGCACUCUCCAUCUCGUCCUCCGUCUGCGUGGUGGCAUGCAAAUCUUCGUCAAGACCCUUACCGGAAAGACCAUCACCCUCGAGGUCGAAUCCUCCGACACCAUUGACAAUGUGAAGUCGAAGAUCCAGGAUAAGGAGGGUAUCCCUCCCGACCAACAGCGAUUGAUUUUCGCCGGCAAGCAGCUCGAGGACGGCCGAACCCUAUCUGAUUACAACAUUCAGAAGGAAUCCACUCUCCACCUUGUCCUUCGUCUCCGUGGUGGUAUGCAAAUCUUCGUGAAGACCUUAACCGGCAAGACCAUCACCCUUGAGGUUGAAUCGUCGGAUACCAUCGACAACGUCAAGUCCAAGAUUCAAGACAAGGAAGGAAUUCCUCCUGACCAACAGCGACUCAUCUUUGCGGGUAAGCAGUUGGAGGAUGGCCGAACCCUUAGCGACUACAACAUCCAAAAGGAGUCUACUCUUCACCUUGUUCUCCGACUACGUGGUGGAAUGCAGAUCUUCGUCAAGACAUUGACGGGCAAGACGAUCACUCUGGAAGUUGAGUCAUCGGACACUAUCGACAACGUCAAAAGCAAGAUCCAGGACAAGGAAGGCAUUCCCCCUGACCAACAACGACUUAUCUUCGCUGGUAAGCAGUUGGAAGACGGGCGCACUCUGAGUGACUACAACAUUCAGAAGGAGUCUACGCUGCACUUGGUGCUCCGUCUCCGUGGUGGACAAUAGGCGCUUCGCGAUGGUGGAGUAUGACGACAUUUGCACGAAUUGGCGUUAGUGGGAUUGGCCCCGGAUUAGGCUCUUGGGCCUAGGCGUCAAUCAACAUACCUUAAUGAUCAAGGAUGCAGCAUCAUUAGACUGAUGCUGAAUAUGAAUAUACCAAGUUCAUGACUUUCUAAA